CUUGGAACUUAGCUAUUACUAGUUUGACGUUAGACGUGUGGUGGAUGAACAUUGGAAGAAGAUGGCAGAGAAGUGCGUUGUUCCUGAUAAUGAGGGAGUUCCUGUAUUAACAUCCAAAAGAUGGAUUCUGGCCUACGUGGCCAUCGUCGGCUUCUUCUUCCUCUACUGCGUCCGCACCAACAUCAGCGUGGCCAUCGUGUGUAUGGUGAAGACGCAGCAGAUGAACAUUACCACCGCCGGCAACCUCACACAGGAGAAUCUCGCAGAUGUGACUCAAAGCUGUACCAUUGAGGAAUCCAAAGGGUUUGAUACAGCAGAGUUUGACUGGGACAAGUCUAUACAGUCGGCCAUCUUGUCAUCGUUCUUCUAUGGUUAUCUCUUGCUGCAGAUACCAGGGGGGUGGUUGGCGGUACGGUUCGGGGGAAAGAGGGUCAUAGGCUACAUGUUUGUGGUCAAUGCCUUGACCACCCUCCUGGUACCCGUGUGUGCUAGGGUGGACUACAGGCUCGUCAUGGCGCUGAGAAUACUCCUCGGCAUAUCAUCCUCUGUUACAUAUCCAGCCAUGCAGUCAAUGUGGGGUUUGUGGGCCCCGCCGCUUGAGAGAAGCAGACUAGCAUCUUUUACCUACUCAGGUUCUCUGAUCGGAAACAUCUUCGCUUUUUCUGCAUCAGGACUUCUUUGUGAAUACGGAUUUGACAACGGUUGGGGGUCAAUUUUCUACAUUAUAGGCAUUGGUACGUUCCUGUGGGCCUGCCUAUGGAUGUUGGUCGUUGCUGACUCACCAUCCAAACACCCGACUAUAUCCAAACAAGAGAGGCGCUACAUCAUUGACAGUAUUGGAGACAAGGAUGAUGAGGUUCGGUCUACGCCGUGGAAGAAGCUGUUUCUGUGCCGAGCCAACUGGACCUGUCUAACAGCUCACUUCUGCAACAACUGGAUGCACUACACUCUCAUGACCAGCCUUCCCACCUUCAUGAAGGCCGUACUCAAGUUCGACAUCAAAACGAACGGAGUGUUGUCAGCUGUCCCAUACAUAGCCAUGGUGGUGUUGUCCAUUGCUGGUGGACAACUGGCAGACUGGCUCAUAAAGAACUAUUUCUCAACAAGAUUUGUCCGACGUAGUUUCCAAUCUGUUUCAUUUCUGUGCAGUGCCGCCUGUCUGGUCGGUGUUGGUUUUGUGACGUGUGAGAACAGAUACGUGGCCGUGGCCCUCCUAACGACGGCAGUCGGUCUGGAGGGACUAGUCAACUCUGGCUACAUGGUCAACACCAUCGACUUCGCCCCGAGAUAUGCAGGUCUUCUCUUUGGUAUCAACAAUACCAUAUCGACAAUACCAGGAAUGCUGGCACCCCUGGUCGCCGGUGCCCUUACCCCCAAUGACACGCCUGAAGAAUGGAGGAACGUCUUCUACGUUUGUGCCGGUUUGAUAUCCCUGGGAGCUCUCGUGUUCGGCUGUACUGCUCAGACCGAUUUGGAACCGUGGGCACGAGCAGCGAACUCCGAAGUGACUGUAGCUCCCCCUACACCUGCCAAAAAGCUCCCUGAAGAACACGGCGUGGAACCAACAUCAAAAGAAGCAUCUGUAAUCUGCAGCGAACGUCUUUGAACUCGAAUCGAGUUAUUAGAUUUCUACAUUAUUCCAGUUGGGAACUUCGUCCACACUCCUUUUAACCAAGAUUCGAACAUCGGACCUAUACGUCAACUCAAUUAAUCAAAUUCAUGUUGUAUUUUAAUGUGAGGGACCAUUUGCCGUCAUCGUUUUGCCAGAAACAUGAACUUCAACUCGACCGUUUUAUUAGCAAUUACUCGGUCAGACACUUGUCUUACAACGACUUGUUUUUCUUAAGGUAUCCAGCGAGUGAAAAUAUUAUGAUCAAUAAAAUAGAGUUAUUUGUAUCACCUUAAGUGAUGAAAAGUGUACGGCAUUCUCGGAAUAAUGUAUCAAAGACACAUUAUCGCAAGAAAGCCUUCAUAUUUUAGUGAUUUCGUAUGUUAAAAUAUUUACAAAGCUUGUGUGGUCCUGUUGUUUGCGAUUAUAGGUCUCUUGAGCGGAA